CGUAGCGCGUCAAGAGAUACGGUUCGCCCCCAGCGUAGCCAUGGGGAUUGGGGAGCAAGAGCACAAGCGCAACCGCACAGCUCAGCUCGGAAGCGGCGGGUUCGGAGUCGCCUCCAAGCUCCGGGGAUUGGCUGCUGGGGGAUGGGGGGCGCCUGAUCGCUGGCGGGGCUUCCUCAUCCGGCGGUUACUUCCACCGAGAUGGGGUCGGCGGUGACUGGAGAUAAGAUGCUGCAUUGUCCGCGUGGAAGCCUCUCGACCCUCAAAUGUUCAUCUUUGUAGGCUUAUUUGUUUAGGUAACCCUCAUUUAGCUGUCUCUUUUUCUGUUAAGGAAAAGAGGGGAUUUGAGUUCAAUUGCUGCUAGAAUCUUUCCUCAAACUGUGAUACUAGCUGAUUCACCAUUAUUCUCUGUUUAUUCUCUCUUUGAAAUGCUAUGGCAACAAGCCACGGAAGAGAAUAAAGGAAUAGAAUGCACUGCCGCCACCACUUCACCAUGUAGGGGUGCUGUCUAGUGCUGAGAAGUCAUUUCAGUUAUGAAAAGUUCACAUGUCCUUCUUGAUUGAGGCAUUAAAAAAUCUUUAUAGAUUUCCAUAAGUGGUGGAGCCAAGUAUAGUUUUGUGCAUUCUUGUGUUAUGGUCAAAUGCAAUCAUGCCUGCCUGGCACUUUGCGCAAGUGGUAGAAGUGGAGCCAAGUACAGCAUGGAGACAAUUUUGUUCUCCCGGCCAAUGCAUGAUAUUUGGUUGACACCUAGCUGAGGUAGUGGAAUCUCGUAGCUGUUCCAAACAAUGUGAUUUUCAAGUUACUUUUAGUGAAGUACAAAACUGUUUGGAGAAAGAUGGAUCAGCUGCUGAGUUCUAUGGGAGAAACCAAUAUCAGGCGGCUACCAAUAAUUGAUGGCGAUGUUUCUUGGUUGUUGUCAUAAGCUGUUAUUCCACACCUUUGGAGUUGGAGGUGCCUCGGCAAAAAGGAGCCAUCCAAUGAGCCCGAGUCCCUGAACAUGCAGAGUGGUAAGUAACCAACCUGAAUGCAUACUGCAUACUGAUGGGAGGAUCAUUGUGGGCCAACGUGGGGAGGCAAUUAGAUAUUCAGAUCAUGACAUGAAGACUUUAGAGGGAAGAGGCAAUGCUCCAACGAAUCUCCAUGGGUCAAUGUGUAUCCCCUUGAUUGACUACAGACAAUCUUUCUGUGUCAAAUGCCGACAGACAUUGCACAUUGCUCGUAUGCAGCCUACAAAAGUUGCGGGGUCUGUUAAGGCAAGCAGAAAUUUGGCAGCAGUCAGGUACUCGGCUGGUUCUGGUACUGGUGAAUUGUUUAUCACAACUACCUAAGCUUGAUUUCUGAAAACUUGGCAGCGGCAGACACAAAGCUUUAUGCUUCACUAGAAACUACAUGGUGUGUGCACACACAUGGAAUCAAUAAUAUUGUAAUAGGAGUUGAAAGUUUGUAAAUGUGCAUGUGUAAUACAUAAAAAAAAAAAGAGCACCGAGGGGGAGGACGUCCUCUAGGAUUUCAUUAAGAGAAUGUCACACCUCGAAUCUGGGUCGGCGUCGGCUCAGUGAGACCAUAUUCAACUUGAGAGGCUUGGCGUAAUACAUCGAAUCAAUAAUCUGACCCAGUCCAGCGGCGGCGUGUGGAGCAGUGGAGUUUGGAGGGUCAUUCUUUUUCUUUUGAGAUGGCCGGAGGGGUUUUCCUUUUUUAGAUGGACGGCUUUUCAAAUUCACGGGAUUCACGGAUUAUUUGAUUAGGUGUGCAAUUUAAGAAAGAGAAGGAAUCAAGAGUGAAGUAAUUGGUGAUUAAUUGUGACUUUCCAUAUAAACCCUAUUUUUUGAGGCGAUAGAAAUCAAGCAGAUUGGGCUCGUGGCUGCCCACUUCUCUCCGCGUAACUACUGUACCAAUCUACGUGUGUACAGAGUUGCCUGGGCUCUGAAGCCAACAAAGGCAUGAAAACAUUUUUGAGACAUAGGGCACGCCUCUGAGCUAGGCACCACCAGCGAAUCAGAGAUGACUAGGCCUGUGUACUACAGCAGCUUGACAAAUCUUAUCCCUUAUUCUCUUCCUCACUAGUGAGAUCUUGCAGCUGCAAUCCUGCACAGGAGUUGUUGAUGCACAGGGCAUGAAAACAGCACGUGCAGCCGUAUCAUUUACCCAGCAAAAAACUGGCAGGCAGGAUUCACUGCACUCAACAGACUCGGUGGUACUGUCACACGCCAGAUCUGUGCCCCUUCUCCAUGGUGCAUGACUGCAAAUUCGUAAUUCUGCAAAACAGCGAAUAAUAUUCAAAUUCACGUCACAAUUGCAAAAACAGAGAUAGAUUUGGGUCUAAAUGUCCAUGUGGAUAUAACAGCCAUAUGUCUAGAGUAAGCAACAUGCUAAAGCAAGAGGUGUGAAAUACAUAAAUAAUAAAAGUGAGGGAGGCCAUCUGAUGCAAACAGGUCACCAAUGCAAUAAAGGACAACCAAGAUUGCGUGUUUGCCCUGCCACUCAAAGCUACAUUCACAUUUGUCUUCUCAAACCUGAAGCGCCAGAUCUUGAAGAAAUGGCUCCUAAGUUAGUCUUUGUUCUGCCAAUUGUGCUCCUCGGUUGGGCACUCCAGGCAAUUCUCCGGCCACCGCCUCCGAAACCGUGUGGCUCACCAGGUGGGCCUCCUCUGACAUCCCCCAGGAUCAAGCUCAGGGAUGGAAGGUACCUUGCAUACCGAGAAGACGGAGCAGAGAAAGACAAGGCCAAGUACAAGGUCAUCACAGUACAUGCAUUUGAUACCACUAAGGACUUUCCCUUGCCUGUUUCUAAGGAGCUUGUGGGAGAUCUGGGAAUUUACCUGCUUGCUUUUGAUAGAGCUGGGUACGGGGAAAGUGACCCGAACCCCAGGCGGGAUGUCAAGAGCGAGGCACUGGAUAUCGAGGAGCUCGCCGACCAGCUGGAGCUUGGACAGAAGUUCUAUGUCUUAGGAGUAUCAAUGGGAGGAUACUCAAUUUGGGGAUGCCUCCAGUAUAUACCUCACAGGCUCGCAGGAGCUGCGCUAGUUGUGCCAAUUAUCAACUACUGGUGGCCUUCUUUCCCAGCUGAAUUAUCCAGGCAGGCCUUCAAGAAACUGAAUGUGCCAGAGCAGAGGACCCUCUGGAUUGCACACAACAUGCCUUCCUUGCUCUACAUGUGGAUGACCCUUUCUUCUGCGGCAGCCAUGGACCACCCUGGAAUAUUUAGCAAACAUGAUAUGGAGGUUCUUCAGAAGAUGAUGGCAAUGCCAAGAACCAUUGAGAAUAAAUCAAGGCAGCAAGGCACUUCUGAAUCAAUCCACCGUGAUUUACUUGUCGCUUUUGGAAGCUGGGAGUUUGAUCCAAUGAAUAUUACCAAUCCGUUUCCUCAAAAUGAGGGUUCUGUACACAUCUGGCAAGGAUAUGAAGAUAGGUUGGUGCUUGUUGAACUGCAGCGGUACAUUUCCAAGAAGCUUCCAUGGAUCAAGUACCAUGAAGUCCCAGAAGGUGGCCAUAUGUUCAUGCUGGUAGAUGGAUGGACUGACCAAAUUCUCAAGGCACUCUUGGUAGGAGAAGAGCCCUCAGCUGUGUGACUGUAUAGAUCCAUUAUCAAAAUGCUGAGAACUGUAGGUGCCAGCUGCGAUUUAGUUUUCCCCAAGUUGUAUUCCUAGAAUAUCAAGAUCGGUCUAAUACAAAAGAUGAUACACCGUACUGUCAGUUUAAGCUAUUGUUCUCCAGCAUAUUAUGUAAUUACAACAGCAUGUGAGACCUUGGUAAUUGUCCCUUGCUACCUUUGGUCCAAAA